AUGACGCAGGAGGAUGGACGGAAGAGUGUCAUGUUUGGAUGGCUGUGGCAGCUGAGGCCCUUCUGCCCCUUCCGCUCCGCGUUCUGCGCCGACGGCGGCGUGAACGCGGAGAUGGGGGAGCUGUCGGAGAGGGCCGCGGUCACCUUCCGGGAGUUCGCGCCCGUGUCCCUCGAGAUCCAGAUGGGCAAGGUGCCGGACCCGAAGGUGGUCAAGCCCUUCCUGGAGAAGCUGAGCGAGACGAACGAGCUCUGGAAGGUGGCACUGGGCCGGAUGCGGCUGAGUGAAGACUUUCAGGCCGCGGCAGGGGCGCCUCAGCGCAGCACGCGACGUCGCCAGGCGGCCUCGGAGCUGCGCUGGCUCUGCCCACAGUUCUGCCAUGCUUCUUUGCUCAACUGGCGCUUCUCCGGUGCCCACUCUUGCGCACAGGCCUUGCACGUCCGAUUCUGA